UGCUGUUCAAGAAGAGUUUUUUUUUUCCAUGCAAGUCUUCCCUUGCAUAAAUUAUGUUCAUGACGCUGUGCAAAAAAAAGACGAUUUUAUAUUAAAUUUGCAAGACUUUUAUCGCGGAAGCCGCUCUUUAUCGGGUUGUGGAAAGGUGUUUCGGAGUUAGGGAAAACCUGGAGGUGACGGAGAGGGUAUCAUUAAAUAUUAAACAGCAGAGGCCGUGCUCCGAUCCGAGCCGCUUUAUCAAUGCAAAUGUCCCUUUGUGUUUCCGAGCCGCGGCGCACACAGCCCGUGCGCGCUGUGAGAUGAAUUUGUAAUUAUCCGCUUCAACAAAACAGUGGCCAAGCGCUGAUAAUCCCACGCAAAAGAGGGGGGGGGGAACAAAUUGCACCCCAAAACUCUGGCGCUAACGGUAAGUUGCAUUAGCAUGCAGGAGCAGUGACUCCAGGGAGGGAUCAUGGAAGCAGAGGAGCUGGCUGCUAACAAUGCCCCACUCACCAUCAAUGAACAGGUGAUUGUGAUGUCAGGACAGGAGACCAUCAGGGUCCUGGAGCUGGAGGUGGCAGGCCCGCUGCCGGCCCUGGGGGCUGAUGGGAAGGACGCGGACGCCAUGGCGAGCGAGGGAGGCGUGGCCAGUCCAGUUCUGGAGCCCAGUAGGGGAGGGGAGGGGACCCCAGGACCAGAGGGGACCCCGACACAGGAGGGGGCGGGCGCAGCGACGGCAGCUCCAGUGGAGUUGCCCUCCCCUGUGGUUCAGGCUGUGACCCCUAUGGCACUGACUAGUGGCCUCUUGCCCCCAGCCCAAGCCUCUCUCCCCAUCACUGUGCAGGCUGGCACACAGUUCCUGACCCCAGACAGCCUGGCCGCGGUGAUGACCGGGAUGAUGACCCCAGGCGCAGCGGCCGCUCAGCCCUUCCUCAUCCCCCUCAGCAUGGCCGGACAGAUGGCCGGUCAGCAGAGCCUGGCUGUCUUCACAUUCCCUACAGCCACCAUGGCCACUCUGCCUGGCCUGACUGCCGUCACUCCAGCAGGGGGCGUCCUGAAGCUGCCCUUCACCGGGCUGCAAGCUGCCACAGUGCUGAAUGCAGUCCCGCCCCAGCUCCACGCUGCCUCCCCACAGACAGUCCUGCAGAGCAGCAUCCCAGCAGCAUCGCCGCAGAAACCAGCCGAGACGCAGGUCUCCGUGGCAACCGUGCAGACCGCUGGCAUCUCUAUCAACCCCGCCGUAAUCAGCGCCGCCUCUCUGGGCGCCCAGCCGCAGUUCAUCAGCUCGCUCGCCACCACGCCCGUCUUCACCAGCGGCAUCGCGGGCAUUCCCGGCAUCACCAGCCAGAUCAUCACCAACGCACAGGGGCAGGUGAUCGGGACCCUGCCUUUCCUCUUGAACCCGGCUGCCUCUCUGGGGGCCGGGGGUGGCUCCCCAGCGACGCUCCCAGCUCAGAGCCUGCAGGUCCAGACCAUCUCCCCUCAGCUGCUCGUCAACGCGCAGGGGCAGAUCAUCGCGACCAUCGGGGGCACCACAGCACAGCCCACCCUGCUGCACAGCGUGGCUCAGACACAGCCCCCCGCCAAACCAACAGUGCAGGGUGCCGCUGCAGUGACGGCGGUGUCCGUCUCCCAGGCUCCUGUCAUCAUCGCCCCCCAGCCCCCAUCCCUGAAGACCAUGGCAGCCAUCUCCGCAGCGGAGACCCCCACAGUGGGCCAGCUCGUCAGCAGCAAGCCCCAGGGUCCGGCCCUGGACGAUGACGGGAUUAACCUGGAGGAGAUCCGCGAGUUUGCCAAGAACUUCAAGAUCCGCCGGCUGUCCCUGGGACUGACGCAGACUCAGGUGGGGCAGGCGCUGACCGCCACAGAGGGGCCCGCCUACAGCCAGUCUGCCAUCUGCAGGUUUGAGAAGCUGGACAUCACUCCGAAGAGCGCUCAGAAGCUGAAGCCGGUUCUGGAGCGGUGGCUGGCCGAGGCUGAGCUGUGGAACCAGAAGGGGCAGCAGAACCUGAUGGAGUUCGUGGGGGGGGAGCCCUCGAAGAAACGCAAGCGCAGGACGAGCUUCACCCCCCAGGCCAUCGAGUCGCUCAACACCUACUUCGAGAAGAACGCCCUCCCCACGGGACAGGAGAUCACCGACAUCGCCAAGCAGCUCAACUACGACAGAGAGGUGGUGCGGGUGUGGUUCUGCAAUCGCCGGCAGACCCUGAAGAACACGAGCAAGCUGAACGUGUUUCAGAUAUAGCAGGGAGAGGGACAGGGGAGAGGGGACGGAGAACAGGAGGGAGAGGGGAGAGGGCAGAGACAGGGAGCCAGGAGAGGAUGCAUCAAAAGCAACUGGAGCACACCUCCUUAUUUUCCUGGCCCAUCCCUUAUAAAACACACACACAUGGCAAACGCAUGUGUGUUGCUCUAAGCUGGCCUUGUUGAUACUGGACUAGAACAGGCUGGACUUUAUAUACAGCAUACCGAUCAAGUUCCUACUCUCAUCACAACAUCAAAAGUUGAAGUCCCCUGGACCCCGGGACUCGCUGCCCCUUCUAUUGAGCUCGUGGGUUGCUUGGUGCUCUCACGGGUCCUUCAAAGACUGGACUAGAAACAGGACCCAUAUCCUAAAAGGAUCCGAAAACUAAUCAUUUUAUCGAGGACGGUUUGCAACUCAUGGUCAAGGGUGCCCUUGUAAAAGUUUCCUGAAGUAAAGGCACAGCGAAGUGUGUUAAAACGCAAUGCAAGCAUGGGUAAAGCCCUCUGGGUUGUAUGCUGUCCAGUUGAUUUGUAAGCAGUUCCCUGGCAGUCAGACACCCAGCAGUAAAUUGGUCAGGUGUUAAAUAAUAUCUCGUGAACUCAGAGCAACACCUGACAUUUAUAAUUCCAGUUUCCCUUUUAAUCGAUUUCAACACAUGAUUGAUAUCGAAGGAACUGGAGUUGAUAUUUUAAAGACGUCGUAUUUGUUGCGAUUGUUCGUCUGCUUUCAUUUGAAGGCAGUUGAAUUGACUGACACGCAGUGACUGUAACUGAAGGAAUUCGUCGACACUCUGAGAAGCUCGUUCUGACAGAGCUGAUUUAGCCAUUUUGAUCAGUGAUGUGUUUGAAUUGAUUAAAAGGGAUUGGAACCGGGAAUUGAUGUUGAAAUGGAACUGAAAAACUAUUUUAAACGAUGGUCACCUGAUCACAUUCCACGCUCGACUGCAGAUCUCCAGAACGGGGGAUGAAACCGUUAUGAAAGAAAGCAAGUCAGUCACUGAAACUAUAUUAAUAUAUAUAUAGUCAUACUGUGAUAAUGUCUAUUAGUUGUCUUGUACAAACUUGACUUGUUAAAGUUUCACAGGCUACAGUAAUUAGUUUGAAGUGUGGGGUGAACAGAAAGAGACUUGACAUUGUGUGCUGUGUUUAAAACAGAAACCAGCUGGCUUCGCUGAGCCAGGCCCCCUGUGUUUGCAAUAAGUUCCCACGGGUGUGUUUUUAACAUGGCCUGUGCAGUGUGGCCCCUGUGCACUGUGGCCCCUGUGCACUGUGGCCCCUGUGCACUGUGGCCCCUGUGCACUGUGGCCCCUGUGCACUGUGGCCCCUGUGCUUCCUCUAGUUUGAACCAGAGAAGGACUCAAAAGUUAACCACCAACUACCAGAAUCUCCAGCAAAGUGGGUAUUUGUACGAUACAGACCUUUUCUUUAGUGAACCUCGCUGGGUUACGCAGCGGUCAGUGCGAUACAGCGAGAUGCAAACUGUGCUUGGCUGCAGAGAGAUUAUUAUUAUUAUUAUUAUUAUUAUUAUUAUUAUUAUUAUUAUUAUUAUUAUUAUUAUUAUUCUAUAUAAAGCUUACAGUGUGUACUGUAUAUAUUUUAGGAAACAUUUAUUGCAGGGUUUUGAAUCAAUCCUUCAGAAUUGAUCAUUGAUCAUUGAUCAGGCUUUAACUGCAGUUAACAUGGUCGAGCCCUGUAUGUAAAACACUGCGGGUGAGACUGAUUGAAUAUCACCAUAAGAGACAGGCUACAAUAUCAAGCGCUGCAUUUGCAAUUGAAUCCGUCUCCUAACUCAUGAAAAGAAUAAAGUGCUCAAACCACAGCCCUCUGAAUCCCUUCUAAAAGUAAAAGCACAGCAAAGUGUAAUAAAGCAGAGGUACAAUAUUAUCAGAACACCUGCAGAUUUGUCAUUUAUAUCCUUUAUAUACCUGCCUGCAUGAAAUCCUCAGGGUGGGAGAAUUUAAAUUUCCAUCUCAGUAAUCAUUAAAAAAAAACAGCUAACAUGUUAGCCCACUUUGUGAUUUAAUCAGGCAUCUUAAACAACUUCUAAAAAGUCUCCUGCGUUUAACCACGUGUGGCUCUGUGUUCCUUUUCUCUUUCUGAAUUAAUUGCAUGAGUGCUUCAGUUAAAUUAGACAAUGACUAAGAUUUUGCACCAGUUUAAUUUCAUAUGCACAACAAACCCAAACAGAAGCAGUGGGUGACGCAAUGCACAGGACUGUAAGUACAGCAAAGAACAGCGAGGUGUGGUAAACGUGUAAUGCAUAUUAAUAAUCUUGGCAAACCAGGGUAAACUGUGGUAAAUGCAUAGCAUAGCCAUGGGGAUAAAAGCAUGAGGACAGUGCAGAGAUACCGUGGUAAAGUUUUAGAAGCGAUCUCUCACACACACGGAGAUCUGCAAUCGUGUUUGUAUUUUGUAACCUUGCAACAUCCAGGCACUUUUUUGGGACAUAGUUGUCUACUGAACCGAGAAACAGCAAUAAACAUGAAAUCAAAACA